UUGUGAGCCAGAGAUCAGAGAGCUGGUCCUGAGAUCUCUGCUCUGGUUGCCUGCAGGAUGGGCUCCCUGGAAGGAAUCUCUGAGGCACUCCAGAACCCAUGGCAGUUCCUGUUGUCCUUCUUUUUGGCCCUGCUGGUCAUCCUGAUUGUCACAAAGCUGCUUUGUGAAUUUGCGGCCAAAGCCCGGGCCAAGGCCAAGAUCAGAGCGGCCCAGCAGAGGAGGGAGGUGGCCAUGAAGAAGAUGGAGGCUGCCAUGGAACGGCUAAAGCAGCAGGCACCUGAAGUGGACCCAGAGUACAUCCUCUCUCUGUCCCUCAAGGAGUUGGCCCACCAGUUACGACAAGGAUCCCUGAGCCCCGAUGGUGUCCUCUGGGUUUACAUGGAAAAGGCCCUGAAGGUGCACUCCGAGGUGAAUUGUCUGACAGACUAUUUGGAGGACUGUGAGGUUCGAGUACAGGAGCUGAAACAACAGCCCAAGGAGAAGCGGGGACUCCUCUACGGGGUCCCUGUGAGCCUCAAAGACCCCUAUGAUUACAAGGGCCAUGAUUCCACCUGUGGCAUGGCCUAUUUCCUGGAGAAGCCUGCAGAGGAAGAUGCCGUCAUAGUGAAAGUCCUGAAAAGCCAAGGAGCGGUGCCCUUCGUCAAGACCAACAUCCCCCAGACCAUGCUCAGCUUUGAAUGUAGCAACCCUAUCUUUGGUCAGACUGUGCACCCCCAGAACUCAAAGAAAACUCCCGGGGGCUCCAGUGGAGGAGAAGGUGCCCUACUGGCUUCUGGAGGCUCCAUCGUGGGCAUGGGCACUGACACGGGUGGAAGCAUUCGUAUCCCCUCUGCCUUCUGCGGCAUUUUUGGCAUCAAAUUCACUGGCUUCCGUUUCAGUUACAAUGGUGUCAACUCAUCUAUAAAGGGAAAGAAAACAGUGACCACCAUGGCUGGCCCUAUGGCUCAAGAUGUGGAUAGCCUGGUCCUGAUCUCCCAGGUGCUGCUGUCAGACUACAUGUACAAGUUGGACCCCACAGUGCCCCCCAUGCCCUUCAGGGAGGAGGUGUACUCCAGUACUCAACCCCUCCGAAUUGGUUAUGUGGAGACAGAUGGUUAUACACAGCCAUCACCCAGCAUGAUACGGGCUGUCCGAGAGGUCUCAGAGAAGCUCCAGGCUGCUGGACACAAGAUCAUUCCCUUCUCAGUCUCUCGAAUCGAUUAUGCGAUGAAAAAAUUAUAUGUACCAGGGAUCUAUGCUGAUGGGGGUAAAACUCUUCUGGAAAAACUCUGUGGGGACGACAUAGAUCCUGCAAUUUCAUCUACAAUCUCACUUCUCCGACUCCCAGAUUUCAUUAAGUGCCUCCUCUCUCAGCUGCUGAGGCCCACGGACAUUAGGACUUCAGAGAGCAUAAAUGGUUUACGAGGAGUGGGGACACCUGAGAAUCUCUGGAAGCAACAUGUAGCUGCAGAGGACUAUCAGAAGGAGUUUAUCUCUAACUGGACAGCCAUGAAAUUGGAUGUGCUGCUGUACCCAUGUCUCUGCCCUGCCCUUGACAUAGGGUCAACCAGCAAAGCUGGCGAAUGUAUUUCCUAUAUGAAUCUGUUCAAUCUCUUGAACUUCCCGGCUGGCGUCGUGCCGGUGGGCACCGUGACAGCACAGGACGAGGAGGAGCUGGCUUCCUACCGUGGUUACUAUGAAGACAACGCAGACAAAAACUUCAAGAAGGCGAUUGCUGGAUCUGUGGGUCUUCCCAUUGCCGUGCAGUGUGUGGCCUUGCCGUGGCAAGAAGAGCUAUGCCUUCGCUUCAUGAAGGAGGUGGAGAUGGUGGUCCAGGAGCAGACAAGAAGAGAGUGAAUCUGCCCUUCCAGGACUCACUUCUGCCAGGGCCCAUGGGAGCUCAACAGGAACAGGGAGAUUCUCCAAUAAAAGUUUCCUGCCUGGCUGA